CCGACGACGUCGACGAACUAAACAGUCGCUAAAACUCUCUCGCUAGUUGGUUGGUUGGUUGGUGUACAAGUUUUCCGGUUCGCUUUAAGCUCUGUAAAUCAGGUGGCGUAUUGCUUAUCAUUGAUUACGGUGUGAUUAAACCGACGUGUUUGGACAAGUGUGUGUGUGUCGGUUGACAUUGGUGAUUCAAGUGUUAUCAAUAAUUUGUUGGUAAACAUUUCAAGCCGUAUUGAAGCAGCUUUGAACGACGACGACCACGGCGAAUAAAUCGUGGUGUGGUGAGCAGCUUCGGUUGCUGCAGCUGGGCUGAGAAAAAUCAGAGCAGAGAGCCAGUGCGACUGGGAGCGGGAAAUUUCUCCACGGAGAGAAAAUGAGUGAUUUGACCAACGGUGGUGGUGGUGGACCCGGUGAGCCGUCCCUUACUCCCGAAGGUAGCCUCAACUACGGCGGGGAGACUGAUAGCCUGUUGACCGAAGCUGGACCAACAUCCGCCGUUGAGGAGCUGGACGGUGGGGACAUGACUGGCGCCAGCAAGGAGCAAGAUCCGGCGACGGCCGCCGCUGCCGCCGGGACAUCGAGUGUGGCCAGCGCGGCGGGCGACAGUACGGCGUCCCUGGUGUACUCGUUCGCCAAGAAGGUGGUCACCGUCGGAAUUAUCUACUUUGUCGGCUACAUGGGCUGGUCGGUGGCGUGGCUCAUUACGCCGGUCAUUCUGUCCGUGGCACGCGACCAGUGGCGCACCAAAAAUGAAACCCGCCGGAACGUGGCCAAGGCGUCCGCCCUCGCCAACGAUAAGGAUGUUAUUCUGGCACGGCUCGGCGAUCUGCCGGCUUGGGUGUUCUUCCCCGAUGUGGAACGUUGCGAGUGGCUCAACAGGAUCCUUAAACAAGUGUGGCCCAAUGCAAACUUUUUCGCCAAGAACCUCAUCAAGGAGUCCAUCGAGCCGAACAUUCAACAGGCCCUGGCCGGCUACAAGCUGAACGGGUUCAAGUUUGACCGCAUGAUUCUGGGCACUAUCCCUCCCAGAAUCGGUGGCGUCAAGGUGUACGACAAGAACGUGUCCCGGAACGAAAUCAUCAUGGAUCUAGAUUUGUUCUACGCCGGUGAUUGUGACAUCAACUUUUCGUUGAGUGGGCUGCGGGGUGGAAUCAAAGACUUCCAGAUUCACGGAACGGUUCGGGUGAUCAUGAAGCCGCUGAUCAGCCAGAUGCCCCUGGUGGGUGGGCUGCAGAUAUUCUUCCUGAACAAUCCGAACAUUGACUUCAACCUGGUCGGCGUGGUAGAUCUGCUCGACAUGCCCGGGCUGAGUGACAUUCUGCGCAAAAUUAUCGUGGAACAGGUCGCGGCCAUUAUGGUGCUGCCAAACAAGCUGCCCAUAAUUUUGAACGACGGUGUUCCGGCGCUGUCGCUGAAAAUGCCGGAACCAGAGGGCGUGCUCCGCAUCCACGUGGUCGAGGCGAAGGACCUCAUGAAGAAGGACAUUGGCGUGCUCGGCAAGGGCAAGUCCGACCCGUACACCAUCGUGUCCGUCGGUGCCCAGCAGUUCCGGACCCAGACCAUCGACAACACCGUCAACCCCAAGUGGGACUACUGGUGCGAGUUUUAUGAACCUUUUAUUAAGUAUCGCACCGUAAACGGACCAAAACAACGCGCAGAGGUGAACGCAACGUUAGGGCAGGAAAUCAUUCUCAACCUGUGGGACUGGGAUCCGGGCUUUCCAGGCGUUCAGAACGACGACUUUCUCGGCAGAGCUACGGUUGAAAUCAGCAGCGUUACCAAGAAUGGAGAAAUCGAUACGUGGCUUACCCUCGAGCAAGCUAAGCACGGUUUGAUUCAUUUGCGACUGACAUGGUUCACGCUGAGUGCGGAAAAGAAUGACCUGAAGGCGGCUCUGGAGGAAACCCAGCUGCUGCGCGUCACGUCGAUGAGCACCGCCCUGCUGACGGUUUUCAUCGAUUCGGCCAAGAACCUACCGCAAGCCCGCCAGCAGAGUCAGCCGGACCCGUACAUGAUCCUGAGCGUUGGCAAGAAAACCGAACAGACCAGCGUCCAGAUGCGAACGGACGCCCCGGUGUGGGAGCAGGGCUUCACGUUCCUGGUGGGAAAUCCCGACAACGACACACUGCAGCUCAAAAUUCUGGACCAGAAGACGGGCACCAACAUUGGCCACCUCACGUACAUCCUGAGCACGCUCAUGGAGAAGAAGAACCUGGAGGUGGUGUCGCAGCCCUUCCAGCUGCAGAAAUCAGGACCGGAAACGAAAAUCAUCAUGUCCAUGUCGCUGCGAAUCCUGAAGCGAGGUCGUGGUUCGGUGGACGAUGCCGCCUCGGAGAAGGGAUCCGAGUCUGGAAUCGGCAGUGGGGAAAGUGUGCUGUCCAGGACUAGUUCGGUCAAGGCGGCUCCUACGACUGUGACCGAUUCGACCAGCUCGGAGGCGAGCUCAAGCGCGCUGAGAAAGCAAGAAUCGCGCAAAUCCGCCUCGUCCGCUAUUAUUGACCAAAUGUCCAUCCAGGAAGAGCCGUUCGUACUGUCCACGUUGAACACCGUCAUGAUGGCCACUCCACCGAGAAGUCCAAACCUCAGCGAGAACGGUUCCGAGCUGCUUCGUCGUAGUCCCAGCACGACCUCCUCGGCUGGUGCCGCUGGCCUGGGACGCAUCCAGCUGACGAUCGCACACAGCAUUCAACGCCAGCGGUUGCUUGUCAUUGUUCACAAGAUUGCCAACAUUCCGCUGAAGGACCCCACCAACAUCCCCGAUCCGUACGUGAAGCUGUAUCUGCUGCCGGGACGAACUGCCGAUUCCAAGCGGAAAACAAACGUGGUCAAGGACAACUGCAAUCCGGUGUUUGAUGCUACCUUCGAGUACAUUAUGUCCCCGGCGGAACUGAUCAAUUCCGAGCUUGAAGUUACCGUUUGCACGCAGAAGGGAUUCUUCGGAAGUCCCAUCAUUGGAAGGCAAAAAAUUAUUCUCAACGAUCCGGAAAUCACCUGCGGACAGGGCGUCAGCGCAUGGUACGACUUACUGCCGGAAUUGAAGAAUGAAUAAGUUUUGGUGCAAGCACCAACUGAACUGUUAUGUUAAAACAUUGUUUGUUUAUGCAAGAGAAAUUUAUGAUAGAUAUUAUCAAGCUUUUAAACGACUCGUUUGAAAUAAACUAAAGCUCUCACAAUACAUACAAAUUGAAGCACAUUUUUGCAGUAAAUUUCGUCCGAUAAUAUUUUUAAUGGAGCACUGAAGAUAUAUUUUAAGCAUUUUAUAAAAAAAAUACUGCUAAGUAAUUAUUCCUACUGUAGUACAGGCACGAAACAAGUUUUAUUCACGCACUCAAAAAAUCAUCAAUUGCAAUCGAACAAAAAUAAAAUAAACGAUGCCAAGCAUCACACGUACAUUGAACAAAGAAAAAUCUUCAAAUUGUCUCCAAAACGUGUCAAUUAGUAGCGGGAAAAGUCACCACACAACAACAAUGAAAGUAUGCUGUACCAUAAAACAAUCAAUAGAUGCCUAAUAAAAUGUAAGUGAGUCCAAUCCCACAUCCAUAACCACACCAUAUUUGCGCACUUUGCGGCCUUUAGGAGCUCUGCGCCGAAUCAGCUUAUGCGAAAUGUUUGUGAACGAACGGAAAGUUGUGAAGUAUUUUUCUUAGGAAAUCCACCUUAAUCCACAGAGCUUAUAAAUUUUAGCGAAAUCGUGGCAAAAAUUAUGAUGCACUUUUCACACCAUCCAGCGUUAUAGAGCACAUUAACCAUAAGGAAGUUUACCUUUUAAUUGAUUCGUGAUUUAUAAAAGAUCAAAUGUUCGUCGACCAGUGCUAUUCCCUUGAGCGAGGGCAAACUACAAUCAGCUCUUAAAAGAAAAUCUGUGUUUUAAUGUUCUCUGAAUCUUUAGGCCAGAAACAAUCGCUUCUUCAAAAUAAACAUAAGCAUUUAAAAGGG